AUGUUUCCAGGAACCGCUGCUGAGACGCGAGAGGAGCGCGCUGGGAUGAGACAGGGUGGUGGUGAAAACUCCGAGGCAGACGCGAAGGGCGCGUCGAUUUGCUGCGAUACAGAACCGAAGCGCGUUAAAGUGUAUGUGCUGGAGAAUAACGAGUGGAAAGAUACGGGGACCGGGUUUUGUACUGGGGAGAUCGAGGAGUUGCGAAAAGAUGAGCCGUCUGGUGAAAGUGAAGCUGGUGAAGGGGAGUCUGGUAGUGGUGGUGAGCCCAGUGCAGAGACCGGAAAGUGUGCCUUUUUGGUGGUGAACAACGAGGAAUGCCCAGCAGAGACGCUUUUGCGGUCGAAACUGGAGGGUAAUAUCGAAUACCAGCGGCAGGAGGAGACACUCAUUGUGUGGAAGGACGUCGAUGGUCACGAUAUAGCGCUCAGCUUUGAGGAGAGUGUGGGGUGCGACACACUGUGCGGAUUCAUUGUGCAAGUGCAACGGCACGUCGCGAAUAACAUCUCGCUUGUCGCUGUGCGCGCGAGCAAUAACGGUACUGGAUCUGUUCAUGAGAUUAUUGCAGGACCAGUGUCCCUACCCUCCGUCGAGAAGGAACAAGAUACGGCAACACUCAUGGAGUCCCUGAAAGCUUUGAACGAGAACACCGCAUAUGAGUACCUGAAAAACGAAACGAUAGAGUUCUUGCUCCAAUCUAGCUACAUAGACCUGCUAAUCAACUUGUUCAACAAAGCAGAGGAAAACAAGCAGUUGAAAGUGCUUCUCCUGUUGAGCAGCAUAGUGAAAACACUCAUCCUGUACAGCAAUAGGGAUAUCUUAGAACUUAUGGUCGAUGAUUCGCACGUGAUGGGCAUUAUUGGGAUACUAGAAUACGACACGGAAUUCCCCACAAUGAAGGCAAACCACAGACAUUACCUUAUGACAAGCGGACCCAUCUUUAAAGAGGUUUUGCCCCUGAAGAACGCAGAGUUGAAAGAACUCGUCAAGAAAUGCUUCAGGCUGCAGUUCCUGAAAGACGUUGUACUCGUCAGAUUCUUGGACGAUCAUAACCUCAACUUGAUAAUGGACAUUCUACUGGACUUGGAAACCUGCAUCAUGUCGUUCCUCCAGAGAGACUCCUUUUUGGACCGAAUAAUGGCAUUGUACAACCCAGAGAACGUCAAAGAGAACGCAGAAUUGGAUGAUUUGGCAGAAAAGAAAAAAGAUGGGAUCAAACUGCUACACCAAUGCGUACAGAUGUCUAAAAAUUUGGACCCAAUGGAAAAGACGAAUUUUUACAAGGCACUUGUGACUAAAGGUUUGUUUAACGUCCUCUACUACGCAUUUAAAAUGGAGACGGACAGCAACACACGGAUCCUCGCGACAGACAUGAUUAUAGCCAUCAUCGAACACGAUCUUCUAUUGAUCCAAAACGUACAACACGAGAAACUGUCGCAAGAGGACGACGCUGUCGACAUGAAAAAUGACAAGCUUGCAUCCUCGGGGAAUUCCAGUGGGGAAGAAACGGAAGACAUGAAAUUGCUGGCCGUACUAACGACUAUUCUGCUGACAGAUAAAUCUCCAGGGUUGAGGGGGCAAGUAGUCCAAGCACUCACCACGCUGCUUCACCCAGACGGAUGUCUGGAAGGUGCUGAGCGAGGCUACGAUAACAGUCAUAUGCUGAAUAAGUUCAACUUUGGAAUGGGACCAGACGACGAUCCUGGAUUUGCUACGCCAGCGGAUUACAAAUCUGACGUGACAAACCCAGAUCUAACAGACCUUCAGUUGAAACGAUAUUUCUCCAAUUUUUACGAACAAAUCGCACCAAUACUGUUCUCCCCACUCAUAGAUAUGAAAAACGGUGCUACAACGACAACCGCAAACACAGAUGAACAACUUUUGAUACACCUUGUCAAAAUGGUUUCAUUUAUCUGUACGGAACACAACAGAAUGAUGUCGAGGACUUUUAUUCUCGAAAAAGGGAUCCUGAAAUCUGUAAGCAAACUGAUGGAGAUGAACCAUAUUCCACAGUUGCGACUCACGGCGCUGCGGACGUUCAAAAACAUAAUGUGCCUGAACGACAAUUACUACCAUCGAUACAUGAUAUCCAGCGACGUAUACGACCCGAUCUUCAUUCUCCUGGAGGAAAACAUAAAGAAAGAUAAUUUGACAGUAUCCUGUAUCCAGGAUUUCUGCAAAAUCAUCUCCAAUCAUUGUAUACCGACAUUAGGGCUAGACAACAACUCUCCAAGCCCUAUAAAAAGGUCUACAAAUCAAAUUAAGAAGUCAAAUUUUGUCAUCCUCAACAAGUACCUGGUAAACAGGUUUUUCAAAGUGUUUUCAGGGUACAAAGAUGUGCUGUUUUUGAAAGAUUUGUUAGACGUCGACGAACGACUCAGCAAUUUAGAAAACAACAAAAACAGUUCGAACACAAACGGAUUGCCGCCAUUUAACGAUGAAGAGGAUACCGUAAAUAUGGAGGAUAUAUCGAUGGAUUCGACAGAUCAUGAGGCAAAUGCUGGUCAGAAUAAAAGAAGGCGAUCAGCAGAAUACGAUUCGUUCACGGCAGAAAUGACGUAA